AUGGAGAUUGCUACUUCUGAUAUCUCUAUAUCUGUUACGUUAGCGUUGAUAAGUCGAAAAAGUCUUAAGAUAUCUUCGUCUGAAAUUCGGCCGGGUGAAAGUAGAUGGCGUGAGUAUAUGGGAAUAGUACAAAGAUUAAGUUUGGGACUGGAAAUGAAAGAAAAGAUCGGAGAAUUAGUGGUGGAACCGGGUGUGUUACGGGGAGGAGUAGAUCGAGUAGUUUGUCGGAUUAAUACAAUUCCUGAAGUUUUAGAGUAUUUGUUAUUACUGGCGGGAUUUUGUCGGGUGCCUUGGCGGUUGACUUUAGAGGGAUGUACGAAUUCGGGUCGUGGGGCGGGAAUUAGUAUUGAUUUGAUUAAGUCGGUCUAUUGUAAGAUCUUGGGACAGUUUGGAUUGACGGUUGAAAUAAAGAUUGUGAAACGGGCUAUCUAUCCGGCGGUAGAUGGUGAGGUUUUAUUGUUAGUGGAUGCGGUUUCUAGUUUAAAACCGGUUUGUUGGACACGGCGGGAAGAGUUGGAGAGAAUGGUUAGUGUGAACUACUCGGCUCGACUGGGUAGUGAUGUCCUGCAUCGGAUUACUAAUUGUCAUCGCGAUGCUUUGAAGAGUAUUACUUCCCGAGUGAAGGUUUAUAAUGAUAUUGGAAAUCGGACGAACAGUAGUGGGACCCCGGGGUAUGGGACUUUGUUACUGGCGAUGGGUAAGAAUUCGGUUUACUUUGCUGAGUAUACGGUUGAUGGUACGGAUUCUUUGUUGCAUAAGACUCCAGAAGAGAGGUCGGCUGUAGCUAUUAAAGAGUUAUUGCGGAGUAUAAGGAGGAGUGGGGCUUAUGACUAUAAAGUUGAGUCUUUUGUCUUUUCCUUACUACCUCUAACUAGUCCGGAUGUAAGUUCUGUGCUGAUUAGACCUGUUUCUCAGGCGGGUAAAGACCGUUUAUGGCUAUUAGAGAAGAUUCUUAAGUAUACGUAUACGAUUGAGAAGUAUCAACGAUCUGAGGCCGAAAUUAAUGCCGGUGUUUCUGAGCAGCUUUUCUUGCUUAAAUCCUAUGGAGUUGGCUAUACUAACAUCUACCAGCCACAAUAG